AUGGUGCUGAUGCGUACAAACAUAAUAAUACAAUCUAUUCUGUUCCAUGACCCUAUUUCUUAUGUUUGUACGUUUUUAUUAAAGGUUCACUAGUUGUAUAAAUAACACUUCUAUAAUUUAUUACAAAUCAGCAAUUUGUACAAAAUUAAAUUUGUAUUAACAUUUUGGAUAUAUAUUCUUGAUAUCUAAAUAUUUAAUGUAUAAUUUUAGCAGCGAACAAAAAUUCAAUACAAUUUAGAAUAAUUACAAUAUAUAUUUGUAAAAACUUAUUUUCAAACUUGAAAAAUUCUUUUCAAAUUUAAUCCAGAAAUUAUGCAAGAAUAUAUAUGAAACAGAAGAUUUAGAAAAAUUGAUAGAAAAAAACAAAACGUAUUUGUAAUUACAAAUCUCUUCAUACUAGUAAUAGGGAAAUGUAUUCCAUUAUGAUAUUUAUGUACCAAGAUCUGUAUGUGAAUUGUAAUAUAUAAUAUUUUCUGCAAAUUCUAGUCACAUUUUGUACUGUUGAAUUUGUUUUAGAUUAGAAAUGAAACGAAUUUUUCAUGGGAGAGAAUAACAAAGGAAAGUGAAUUGAAUUUUGUAUACUAUUUAGAAGGUUGCAAAUGAUAGUUCAAUAUAUGUAAAUUUCCAAAAUUAUAUAUUACUAUAUUUAUAUAUUUUGUGCAAAAUGUAUACAAAGUAAAACAUUUUUAAUAAUAUUUAAUACUUUAUAUUUUUAUUCCUUUCUAUUAGAAAAUAAUUUCAUUGUUAAAAACACGAAGUGUACGCGUCGAUGAUUAUAUUUUGUACGAGUUUAGUAAAUUUUAUAGUAUGGAUUAA